UGUCAUUUGUCAAUUUUAAUAUGCCAAAAAUAAAAUAUUGAAAUGUAUUUUUAUCCUAUUAAUGAAUAUUGUGCAAUAAAAUAAACAUUUUCAUUGUCAAUCUAUUUUCCAUCUUAUAUGUAAAAAUAUUUGUAAAGUCAUACCAUGGGCCCGCGACAAUUUAUAAAUAAAAAUAUGGUUGCCAUCGUCGUAGUUCCACUCAUUAUAGGGGCUCAUUAUGGUUGGAUGCAUCUACAAACAGUCGACGUUCUCGUUUCUAAAGACGAUCGAAAAAAAUUACCGCAGAUUUUCCAGAGCUCAGAGAAGUAAUAUAAAGGACUGAACAAUAAUUGUACAUUUUCAUAAGAUAGAUACUUCUAAGAUGUUUAAAAUAGUUAUUUCAAUAAAAUUUUUAAUUUAAGUAAA